AUGGCAAUAUUUCAAACUCAACAAGUACAGCAAGCUCGAUUAGUGAAGAGACAACGUCAACAGCAUCGGGCUCGAAGCGCCGCAUGCCAACAGUUGGUGGUCGACCAAAGCCAAAGAAAGAACGGAGAUCGUAGGCAAACCCAUGAGUCGCUCAUUGUAUUCCAUUAUUUCCAUUCAUCAUUGUUUUGUUAUCUCGUCAAUACAUGCCUUUAUAAUCACAAACCUGGAUCCUUUGAGACACGAACAGGCUGGAUCUGA